ACGUAGAAUAGCGACAUGACCAGCGGCACGCCUGGGACUCGGGCUCGGCGCGCGGCGAUGAUGUCGGCGGCACGUCUGAGACUCGCGCCCGGCGCGAAAGAUGGGGUUUGGGUACGGCGCGUAGAGAUGACGUCAGGCUCUACGCGCAGUGGUGACGUCAAGGGAGCGCCGGCGGCUGGGUAUUCGCGUUUUCCCGUGUUGGCGGCGGCAUGGAGCGGGAGCCGGGCGCCGCGGGCGUUCGCCGGGCGCUGGGCCGCAGGCUGGAGGCGGUACUGGCGAGCCGCAGUGAGGCCAACGCCGUUUUCGACAUUCUGGCCGUGCUGCAGUCUGAGGACCAGGAGGAGAUCCAGGAAGCAGUCCGCACGUGCAGCCGUCUUUUUGGGGCCUUGCUGGAGCGGGGAGAGCUGUUUGUGGGCCAGCUGCCUUCUGAGGAGAUGGUCAUGACAGGGUCCCGGGGAGCCGCACGGAAGUACAAGGUGUGGAUGAGACAUCGCUAUCACAGCUGCGGCAACCGCUUGGGAGAGCUUCUGGGCCACCCGUCCUUUCAGGUCAAGGAGCUGGCCCUCAGUGCACUCAUGAAGUUCGUGCAGCUGGAAGGAGCACAUCCCCUGGAGAAGCCCAAGUGGGAGGGCAACUACCUGUUUCCCCGAGAGCUCUUCAAGUUGGUGGUGGGAGGCCUGCUUUCUCCUGAGGAGGACCAGAGCCUGCUCCUGUCCCAGUUCCGGGAGUACCUGGACUACGACGACACCCGCUACCACACCAUGCAGGCGGCCGUGGAGGCCGUGGCCCGGGUCACUGGCCAGCACCCCGAGGUGCCCCUGGCCUUCUGGAACAACACCUUCACGCUGCUGUCUGCCGUGAGCCUGCCCCGCCAGGAGCCCAGCGUCUCCAGCUUCUAUGUGAAGCGCACGGAGCUGUGGGACACCUGGAAGGUUGCUCACCUGAAGGAACACAGGAAAGCUUUCCAGACUAUGUGGCUCAGCUUCCUCAAGCACAAGCUGCCCCUCAGCCUCUACAAGAAGGUGCUGCUGAUCGCGCACGACACCAUCCUGCCGCAGCUGGCCCAGCCCACGCUCAUGAUCGACUUCCUCACCCGCGCUUGUGACCUCGGUGGGGCCCUCAGCCUCUUGGCCUUGAACGGGCUGUUCAUCUUGAUUCACAAACACAACCUGGAGUACCCCGACUUCUACCGGAAGCUCUACGGCCUCCUGGACCCUUCCGUCUUUCACGUCAAGUACCGGGCCCGUUUCUUCCACCUGGCUGACCUCUUCCUGUCCUCUUCCCACCUCCCUGCCUACUUGGUGGCCGCCUUCGCCAAGCGCCUGGCCCGCCUGGCCCUGACGGCUCCCCCCGAGGCCCUGCUCAUGGUCCUGCCUUUCAUCUGUAACCUGCUGCGCCGGCACCCCGCCUGCCGGGUCCUCAUGCACCGCCCACACGGCCCUGAGCUGGACGCCGACCCCUACGACCCUGGAGAGAAGGACCCAGCCCAGAGCCGGGCCUUGGAGAGCUCCCUGUGGGAGCUUCAGGCCCUCCAGCGCCACUACCAUCCUGAGGUGUCCAAAGCCGCCAGCGUCAUCAACCAGGCCCUGUCCGUGCCCGAGGUCAGCAUUGCGCCGCUACUGGAGCUCACAGCCUAUGAGAUCUUUGAGCGGGACCUGAAGAAGAAGGGGUCCGAGCCGGUGCCGCUGGAGUUUAUCCCAGCCCAGGGUCUGCUGGGACGGCCAGGCGACCUUUGUGCCCAGCACUUCACACUCAGCUGACACGGGCCCACCUGUAAAUAAAU